UUUUCCUGUAGACGCUCAGUGAGGACAGACCAACCUGACCAAGUAAGGGUUAACUCACGCAGCCCUGYGUUCCCUCCUCCUGACGUCGCCUCYGCGCUCGCGCGCUCUUACACACACAGACRCAAACUUUCCCCGCUGAGGCCAGCAGAGAGACWGGAGAGUCAACGAACCACAUGUUGCUCUCUCGGAGCGUUGUCUUCUCUCCUUCUCCGUAGCURCUGCUGGAUCUGCUCCGGUCUCAUCGCUCCAUGGGACUCCAGAGCUGGCCACCAAUCAGACCAGAACUGUCCUCCAUGGCUUGCCUGGAUGUGGAGAGCCCCUCCAUUUGCAGGGGGAAAUUCAAAUCAGUCCUCCAGCACUGUCUGCAGCAAAGGAGAACUCGGGAGCAGCUAGUGGAGCAAGGCAUCAUGCCGCCUCUGAAAAGCCCAGUUGCCUUCCACAAACAGAUUCACAGCCUGCAGCGAGCCAGGACUGGGACUUUUCUUAAGCAUAAACUGAGCAGCAGACCGGAUCGCUCCGAAUUGGUCCGUAUGCACAUCCUGGAAGAAACGCAGGCGGARCCCUCCCUGCAGGCGACGCAGUUGAGACUGAAGAGGGCCAGACUGGCCAACGACCUCAACGAGAAAAUCGCCCAGCGUCCUGGACCCAUGGAGCUGGUGGAGAAAAAGAUCCUGCCUGUCGACUCUGGAGUCCAAGAAGUCGUAAACAAUUGUGAGGCGGAUUACUCAGACACACCACAUGUUCCAGAUGUUUACAGCUUUGAUGAGGACAGCAGUGAUGCUUUAUCACCACAGCAGGCCAACAGCCAACCGUCUCCUUCCCAAACUUUACCCUCCCCACGGGAGUCAAGGGAAGCCGAGGUCUCUUCUGCUUCCUCUGACUUCAGCCCUCCCCCGCAGCUCUCUCCACCAGGCUGCUCUCAGUCGGCAUCRGAUGUCUCCACGUCAGAGAAACCGAGCGGCCUGGAAGCUCACCARCCUAGCGCCGCUGUCAUCCAAGGCAUUUCGCCAGGCCAAGUUCUUGUGAGACAAACUUUGCCGAAGCCAGCCACGGACAAAAGCCGCAGCAAAAAGAACAAAUCAGGAGCCUCUGCAGCAAACUCACAGGCUGAAAACGUUCAUUUGACACCACCCGUUUCCCUCAUAGCUUCCAAAGUUUCCAAAUUGGGAAUUGAAGAUAGUAAUAUGAAAGACAUUCAUGCAAAGUCGGUUUCAGAGAGUUUGUCUAAUGCUGCCCUUUGCACAAGCCCCUYAAAAGGACCUSCGUAUGAAGAGGGCCCCGCARACGCAACGUUCACCGAGAAGGACUCUGAAAAAGACAAACGGCUGCACGAGAAGGAGCGUCAGAUAGAGGAGCUAAUGAGGAAGCUGGAGCAGGAGCAGAAGCUAGUCGAGGAGCUAAAGAUGCAGCUGGAGGUGGAGAAAAGAAGCCAGCAGAGUGACUCUCCACCUCAUCCCAACUCGCUGCUGCUGAUCCAGAUAAAAGAGGAAAACAGGAAUCUGUCAAACUGCUCUUUGUCCUGCAKCUCACCUGGUCAGCAUGGGCAGAUCAAACAGGARGAACCUUCAGAUCACGGCCACGUAACCAGCCCGAAUMAGUUCGCCAUCGGUCAGCGGACCAACACAAACGGUGAAAACCCGCAGCCUGCCCAGGUCCUCCUGCCCACAUCCUCUCCUGGCUCAGCAGUCACMGUCGAGCUCCCUGCCAAAGGCGUUAAAUUACACACCACUGUUAAGAGCACAGCUCCAGGCCGCAUCCCGGCCUCUGGACACGAGCCACAGAAACCGGCAGAACUGCAACAGCAAWGCCUCACGCAAACCCCGCAUCUGGCAAAGACGUGGGGAAUGGAUGGCGAGGGGCAAAACGUACUCGGUGCGUUCCUGGUGUCUGGAUGCGAUGAUCCUCCCUCUCAGCAAGCUCCCCCAGAAGCACUCAUAGGAAAGCAAACAACCUUCACAAACCAGGCAUCAAAGACUAAAGACCCACCUCGCUAUGAGGAUGCAGUAAAACAGACACGCAGCAUAUUAACAGCUGCUCAGGGUCCCACUGCAGCGAGCCAGGAGAUGGACGACCUGUUCGACGUGUUGAUUGAAAGUGGAGAGAUCUCCCCUCUCAUCAGACAGGAUCCUCCCAGCCUGGAAAAGCCUCUCCCUGUGACAGCUAGCGUUACCACCCUUCCCAUCAACACGGUUCUGACCCGUCCUCCACCUUUGGUGCAGGUGGCCCAGCUGCCUGGAGCGACGGGAAACAACCUGGAAGCCCUUCUGGGGGACACGGAGGCUCAAAGACGGAAGCUGAUGGAGGAGUUGAGCUCACCUUUGGUUGAGAUGGAGAUGAACUUCAGUGAAAACCUGCCACCUACUGGUGGGAACCUGCAAAGCACUUCUGUGGACAGCAUGGAUUGGCUCGAUCUCACCCUUUCUGUGCCUUCGGAGGGGAUUAACCCUUUGGACAUGUCAGUGCCUGACUUCCUGGACUCUCAUGAACUGAACUUGAGCUGGGAUUGAGUGAUUUCUAAAGGCAGUAUGUGGACUUCAUAAUUUUAAAUACARAAGUUAAUGAACUUUAAAAGCUAGAACUUUUUUUGUGGGGGAAAAAAAAAAAAAAUUAAAAUGGUACUGACGCUUUAA